AUGAAGACGAAACUGAACAGCUCCAAUAUGCAGUUGCUGCUUUUUGUUUUCUUGGCGUGGGACCCAGCCAGGUUGGUGCUGGCUAACAUCCAAGAAGAUGAGGCUAAAAAUAACAUUACCAUCUUUACAAGAAUUCUAGACAGACUUCUGGAUGGUUACGAUAAUCGGCUUAGACCAGGACUGGGAGACAGUAUUACCGAAGUCUUCACUAACAUCUAUGUGACCAGUUUUGGCCCUGUCUCAGAUACAGACAUGGAAUAUACAAUAGAUGUUUUCUUUCGACAAAAAUGGAAAGAUGAACGAUUAAAAUUUAAAGGUCCUAUGAACAUCCUUCGACUCAACAAUUUAAUGGCCAGCAAAAUCUGGACUCCAGAUACCUUUUUCCACAAUGGGAAGAAAUCGGUGGCACACAAUAUGACAAUGCCAAAUAAGCUUCUCCGAAUCCAGGAUGAUGGGACCCUGCUGUACACGAUGAGGCUUACAGUUCAAGCUGAAUGUCCAAUGCACUUGGAGGAUUUUCCAAUGGAUGCCCACUCAUGUCCUCUGAAAUUUGGCAGCUAUGCGUAUACAACCUCAGAGGUUACUUACAUUUGGACAUACAAUGCGUCUGAUUCUGUACAAGUUGCUCCUGAUGGCUCUAGGUUAAAUCAAUAUGAUCUGCUGGGCCAAUCAAUUGGGAAGGAGACAAUUAAGUCUAGUACAGGUGAAUAUACCGUAAUGACAGCUCAUUUCCACUUGAAAAGAAAAAUUGGAUAUUUUGUGAUUCAGACAUAUCUGCCUUGCAUCAUGACUGUCAUUCUCUCCCAAGUGUCAUUCUGGCUUAACAGAGAAUCUGUGCCUGCAAGAACAGUGUUUGGAGUAACAACUGUUCUAACAAUGACAACUCUAAGCAUCAGUGCUCGGAAUUCCCUCCCCAAAGUGGCUUAUGCAACUGCCAUGGACUGGUUUAUUGCUGUUUGCUAUGCAUUUGUGUUCUCUGCCCUAAUUGAAUUUGCAACUGUUAAUUACUUCACCAAAAGAGGAUGGGCUUGGGAUGGAAAGAGUGUAGUAAAUGACAAGUCCCCUUCAAUAAAAGCUGAAGGCAUUACAUUAACUUACAACUCAGUGAAGGCAAUUCUUCAAGGAGCUAAGCUAAUAUGGUCCAAGUAUAUAGCUUUCCCAUGGCACAAUUUUAUCCAAGGAAAGACUUUAGAGUACUUAGAGAAGUGGAUGGACUGUAUAACCUUCAAACAAUCUUCUAAAAAAGAAAAAGCCUCUGUGAUGAUACAGAACAACGCUUAUGCAGUGGCUGUUGCCAAUUAUGCCCCGAAUCUUUCAAAAGACCCAGUUCUCUCCACCAUCUCCAAGAGCGCAACCACGCCAGAACCCAACAAGAAACCGGAAAACAAGCCAGCCGAAGCCAAGAAGACCUUCAAUAGCGUUAGCAAAAUUGACAGAAUGUCUAGAAUAGUUUUCCCAGUUUUGUUUGGUACAUUUAAUUUAGUUUACUGGGCCACAUAUUUAAACAGAGAACCUGUAUUAGGGGUCAGUCCUUGA